AAAGUAAUAGCUUGUUCUCUGCUAGUAAAGUGCUUCAAGAAACUUUUUGAGAUUACUACAGUAUAGAGCAUGUGGUCUGAAAGUAUUUUGGAAGGGGCUCCAGGGUUGGCUAGAAUAGAUAAGUUAGAAUGAACUGGACCCUGGGUAAAAUAGUUGCUGCAACUCUGCUUUUAAAAAGUAUGGACUCACCUACUUGUUCUGAAGCCGAGGACACCACGGAACAACUGCAGUGCAGGAAACCUUGCGGUGCCGGCAUCCCACAAGACGUUCAGCUCAGUAUCCCAAAGUUCUCACUUGGCAGUUAAGACCCCCUGAGUUCAGUCAGACUUACUAGCAAGUACACUGUGGACUGAAGAAUAGAAGGCUGUUUACUGAUAAAGCAUUGGCAUCUUCCUUGAAAUACACCCGACACAAACAGGACUUCUUUAGAAACAGGGAAACGGUGAUUCAGCACUGCACUUUGACUAUGGAAGCAGAGGCUACUGAUGGAUACAUGCCAUGUGACAAUGAACUUUCGCCCGAAAGGGAUCACUCCAAUAUGGCAAUUGACCUCACCUCAAGCACACCCAAUGGGCAGCAUACCUCACCAAGUCACAUGACAAGCACAAAUUCCAUAAAGCUAGAAAUGCAAAGUGAUGAUGAGGAGUCUGACAGGAAGCCCCUGAGGCGGGAAGAUGGGAUCAGGGGUCAUAAUGAAGGGAGCAGCUUGGAAGAGCCCCUUACUGAGAACCACGAGAUGGUGGAGAACAGAAAAAUUCAGGAGCUGUCAGGCGAGGGAGGAAUCCGGCUUCCGAAUGGUAAACUGAAAUGUGACGUCUGUGGCAUGGUUUGCAUUGGGCCCAAUGUGCUUAUGGUACAUAAAAGGAGUCACACUGGUGAACGUCCCUUUCACUGUAACCAAUGUGGAGCUUCCUUCACACAGAAGGGGAAUCUACUGAGGCACAUCAAAUUACACUCUGGGGAGAAACCGUUCAAAUGUCCCUUCUGUAGCUAUGCUUGCCGGAGAAGGGAUGCCCUCACAGGACACCUCAGGACGCACUCGGUGGGUAAACCUCACAAGUGCAACUACUGCGGACGGAGUUACAAGCAACGCAGCUCUUUGGAGGAGCACAAGGAACGCUGUCACAACUACCUUCAGAAUGUCAGUAUAGAGGCUGCUGGGCAAGUCAUGAGUCACCAUGGUGAGUGGAAGCCUCAGUCCUGAGUACUUCUGACAGCACUCCCUUUCCCCCCUUUUUGUGCUAUUCCUAGCAAUCCACAAAAGUGAAAGAAUUGGGAACAUGUACUUAAAUAGACCCACGAUGAUCCAAACAUUUAAUAUAAACUCAAGCCUAAAAAAAAUAGUGUUACAAAGACUUGUUGUGAAUUAUGUUUAUUGUUAAUUUAGUGCAGUAAGUAGCUAUGAAAAGGAAAGCUAGCUGCAAUGGAGAGGGAAGGGGAAAUACCCCAACAAGGUCAAAGGGGAGGAUAUAAAUGAAUUUAUCCUGGUCGAGCUACUAGCCAUAGGCACACAUAAUCUCUGAGGAAGCACAUGGAGCUGCUCCAUGUAAUUUAAGUGAAAUGUCUGGGCAGCCACUGCAGACAGAAACUCUGAACAUUACAGUGCACAUUAGGCCAGAUCAGGGCAACUGCAAAUUGAUAAAAAGAAUGGGACAUUUUGAGGCAUGUAACAAGUCAUUCAUGUGUCUUCAGAUGUUAAACUACACAACAGUUAAUCUUGCUUUUGGGAUACUGAGAACAAAUUUCCAUCCAUUAUAUCAGUGUCAUCUUAGUAAAUGUUGCCCCACCAAAACUUUUAAUACUGUGGGCACUGCCCGCUGUGCCAGUUCAGAACAUAA